AUGGGCAUCUUCUCCGAUUUUUUAGAAGAUUUUAUUGAGAUUUUCAUGGACAACUUUACCGUCUAUGGGGACACGUUUGAGCUAGGGCUCUAUAGCCUGAACAGAGUGCUGGAGAGAUGCCGACAGAAGGACCUGGUCUUGAACUUUGAGAAAUGCCACUUCAUGGUGACUGAGGGCAUCGUACUGGGCAAUGUUGUGUCAAGAAGAGGGAUUGAAGUUGAUCAAGCCAAGGUGGUUGUUAUUGCGAAGCUUCCAUACCCCACUAAUCAGAAGGAAAUCCGAGCUUUCCUGGGCCAUGCAGGCUUUUACAGACGCUUCAUAAAAGAUUUUGCAAGGAUUGCCCAGCCCUUGACGAGUCUUCUACAAAAUGAUGUGGUGUUUGAGUUUUCCGAUGCCUGCAAAGCCGCCUUCCAGAUUUUGAAGGACAGAUUGUUCAGUGCGCCAAUCAUCCGCGCCCCCCGACUGGAGUCACCUCUUCGAGGUGAUGUGCGACGCAAGCGAUUAUGCAGUAGGGGCGGUGCUGGGCCAAAAGAUCGAUGGGAAAAGCCACGUGAUAUUCUACGCUUCGAAGACUCUCAAUCAAGCGCAAAAGAAUUGUGA